AUGGGUGUCACCGGACUAUGGACUGUAGUUGCCCCCGCCGCCCGCCCAACCCAACUCGCCUCUCUCAACCGCAAACGCCUUGCUGUCGACGCCUCCAUCUGGAUUUACCAGUUUCUCAAAGCAGUGCGAGACAAAGAAGGCAAUGCUCUGCGCAACAGCCACGUCGUCGGCUUCUUCCGGCGCAUAUGUAAACUGCUCUACUUUGGGAUCAAGCCCGUCUUUGUGUUCGAUGGCGGGGCGCCGGUUCUCAAGCGAGAGACGAUUCGGAAGAGGAAGGGAAGACGUGAAGGGAGACGAGAGGAUGCGGCGAGGACGGCGGGGAAGUUGCUCGCGGUGCAGGUGGCGAGGGCCGCCGAGGAAGAAGGAAAGAGACGAAGAGCGGAACGAGAGAGGACACCCGAAGAGGAUUUACCCCCGGACCAAGAGCUGGUGUACGUUGAAGAGCUAGGCAUGUCAAAGCAAGAACGUACGGCUGGCCGAGGCGAAAAGUUCAGGAAGAAAGACCAGUAUCAUUUGCCGGACCUGGACGUGAGCAUUGAGGCAAUGGGUGCGCCCCACGACCCGAGGAUCAUGUCUCAAACCGAGCUGGAAGAGUAUGCGCGGCAGUUCCAUUCCGGUGAAGACAUCAAUCUCUACGAUUUCAGCAAGAUCGACUUUGAAAGUCCCUUCUUUCUGUCGCUGCCGGCGGGGGAUAGGUAUAACAUUCUAAACGCCGCCCGGCUGAGGUCGAGGUUGAGGAUGGGCUACUCGAAGGAACAGCUCGAUGGGAUGUUUCCCGAUCGCAUGGCAUUCUCCAAAUUCCAAAUUGAGAGGGUCAAGGAGCGGAACGAGUUGACACAGCGACUCAUGCACUUGAAUGGGAUGGUGGAAGGGGACUUUUUGAGGGAAGGCGGUGGCAGGAUUGCCGGUGAGAAGGGCAAGGAGUAUAUCUUGGUCAAGAAUGAAGGGGUAGAAGGAGGAUGGGCUUUGGGAGUGGUGUCGAACAGAAAAGGUGCCGAGAAGGAAAAUGCCAUCGAUCUGGAAGAUGAGGGAAAGUCUGAAGUGGAAUUCAGUGCGGAGUCAGACCAGGAGGAGUUUGAAGAUGUCGCCAUCGAAGGCUUGAAUCGACUGCCGAAAACCUGGGCGCGGAAGAGGAAGGCUGGUGUGGAUUAUGACAUGUCAUAUGAAGAAGUGGCCGAGGAGAUUGCGAGAAAGAGGAAAGCGGUAUAUGAAGCAAGGAAGGCUGCCUCAAACGCUACAGCUCCUGCUCCGAAACCUGCACGGCCUGUCUCUCCUGCAAUCCAGGACACCAACAUGGCUGCUACCGAGGAGACGCUGUUUGUUCCGGAGGACAAAAAGAGGGCUGAGGACGAGGACGAGGACGAUUUGUUUGAGGAUGUUCUACCACUGUACCCCGAACCAGAAGAGAGCGACGAAGACCUUCAACGUGCUUUGGCAAUGUCUCUGGAGCAGCCGACCGAUGAUAACCAAAGGGGCGGUGGAUGGGUGUCGGAAGCAGCUCCAGACAUAACCGGGCAAGAGUCUUCGGAAGAAGAUACCUUCGACCUGCAAGAAGCCCUCGCAGAGUCCAGGCGAAACAACCCCAAGCCACAAUUGUCAAAAGAGGCAGCCACUGCCCUGCCGAAAUUUGAUGGUCCGUUGCCCUUCGAGUCCCUCAACCUUGGACAAUCAUUGUUGGGAAAGAAGAAAUCCAAGAAGAUUGAAGAAGAUCUAGCGGGUGGAUUCGAUCGGGAUCUUGGAGAGGAUGCUUUCCGCAAGGAGAGGCCCCCCCAACCAUUGCCGGAAUGGUUUAAUGCCACUCCGAACAUGAAGGACAUGAGAUUGCGGACUGCAGGUGGCGAUGAUUCACACGAUGUGCACGGAGGAGAAGAUCGAUGGGAAACCAUUCAGCGCCAUAAUACCAAGCAGGUGAUUGACCUCGAGGCCGAAGACGACAAAGACAGAAGCCAACGUCCAGUUGAUCUUGAAGAGGAAAACGUUGAGGAGGAAGUGCAAUUAUUAACUCAACCAUCUCAAGAAGCUGUCGACGAGUUUGUCCCUCCUAGCCAGUCUGAACUUCCCGAGGUUCAAGAAAUUGAAAACCCAGAAAAACAAAAAAGAGAUGAAGAGCGCGAGAAGCGUUACGAGAUUGCACGGCAAAUCGCAGCUGAGAACCAAGCCGAGGACGAACCACCGACGAUGGGCGAAGUUGCCGACGAAAUACAAGCUCAACCGCCUCAACCGUCCGCUGUCCCUCAGUUUCAACCAGAACCCGCUGCUCCUGAAAAUGUCGCUGCCGAAAAAAGCGAUUUUGAGGAAGUAGAAUGGAGUGAGUCGGAGAACGAGGAACCUGUACAGCCAGCAAGUCCGGGAUCGCUAGGUACAGUCGAAGCAGAGUCUCCGCGACCUCGGCGCGGAACAGGGACUGCGGCGCAAGACGAAGACGAAGGUGAAGAAUUUGAAGAUGUAGAAAUGGAGCCCGCUGUCGCUCCAAACCAAGGGCAACAAUUGACCGAUACCCUUCCCAGUCAUCCUGCCACAGGGCGACCUCCACAAGUGAGCGAACAACCCGUUACAGACUCCAGCAUUACGGCAAUUCCAGAUGCGGUGCCGGUUGAAGAGGAAGAAUUUGAUUACCUCUCUGCCUCAGAAGAGGAACUGAUGCGACAACUGGCCGAAGAGGCCGAAGAGCACACUCGUUUCACGUCUGCCCUCAACAACGCCAGGGGCCCCUCGACUGAGCAAGCCAUGCGAGACUUCGAUGCCGAACUCAAAGCCUUGCGGUCCCAACAAAAACGCGACCGCCGUGACGCCGACGAAGUCACGCAGACGAUGAUCCAAGAAUGUCAAGCCCUAUUGAGGUUGUUCGGCCUACCGUACAUUACCGCGCCCAUGGAAGCCGAAGCGCAGUGUGCCGAACUCGUCCGCCUUGGGCUCGUAGACGGGAUCGUCACAGACGAUUCGGAUAUCUUCCUCUUUGGAGGGACCAGAAUCUACAAGAACAUGUUCAACGCCGCCAAAUACGUCGAGUGCUAUCUCUCCUCGGACCUGGAAAAGGAAUUCUUGCUGAACAGGAGGAGAUUGAUAAGAUUCGCCCACUUGUUGGGUAGCGACUACACCGAGGGAAUUCCUGGGGUGGGUCCCGUCACUGCGCUCGAGAUUUUGACCGAUUUUGGAGACCUGGAGGAGUUGAGGGCCUGGUGCGAGAGAGUCCAACUCGGCAGGCCACAGGAUUUGGAGAAUCAACUGACCACCCCUUUCCGAAGGAAAUUCCGAAAGACAGUACAGAAACGCCUGUUCUUGCCCACAGGAUUUCCCGACUCGAGGGUUGACGAAGCAUACCUGAACCCGGAAGUCGAUUCAAAUCCCGAGCCGUUCCAAUGGGGUGUCCCGGAUUUGGACAAACUCCGUGGCUUCUUGAUGGCGACGAUCGGGUGGACGCAGGAGAGGACCGACGAGGUUCUGGUUCCGGUGAUUCGAGACAUGAACCGGCGGGAGGUGGAGGGCACGCAGAGCAACAUCACGCGAUUUUUCUCCGGCGCGGUCGGUGUGGGCGGCAGGGGCAUCAACGGCAACCCAGGAACCCGCGGCAAUGCCCUUGCUGUCGGCGGCGAGGGUAUAGGGCCGGCGCAAGCCCAAGCGGAGGCGAUGGCGCCGAGGAAUCGUACAGGCAAGGAGUCCGGACGGAUGAGGAACGCAUAUAAAAGGCUCAGAGGGGAGGCGGAGAAACGGAGGAAACGACAAGAGGACGAGGCGGAUGAGGAUGACGAUCAGAUGGGAAAUGAGGAUGCGGUCGAGGUCCUUCAGGGCCUCGGUGAGAUCCAAGGCAUUGAGGACGGUGAAGGUCCGCCCGGCACGACCAACAAUCCAAUUUCUAUCCCCAAUCUGUCUGCAGCCGGAAGCGCCGACGACGACAACGAUGACGAGGGAGAUUUAGCCGGCGACGAAGCCGCACCCAAGCGCUCUGCGAACGCGAAGUCGAGAUCCAAGGCGAAGACCAAGGCGAAUUUGCAGGAUUCCACAACGAAAGCGCGAUCAAAGUCGACCAAGAAACGGUCCAGGAAGAGGACAGUCCAAGAUGAAGACUGA